CCCAUCGUAUGUUUGUGGCCUUAGUGCUACAGAGCUGCAAAAUUUCAAAACUUGGUUUUGUAACAUUAGCAACACGCUGUGGUUGAGACGACCUUUGCUUUUAAAUUAUUGGUUAAUUGGUCGAUUAAAUCAAUACAUUUAAUUGGAACGUUACAGUUUGUUGGAGGUCAACUUAGUCGCGAAUCUGUACGCAUCUCAUAGGGAGGGGGUUGACCCUAAAGACAAUUCCAGCCAACUGCACAUUACAGUUUAUUUAUCCCCUGGACUAAACUUGUUACCUGUUUAUGUCGUGUUCACAGAUUGCUGUAGAGUGCACUAGAGAACGAUUUAGACUUGUAUAUCCCCAUCCUAACGUUUUUUAUCAAUACAGGUACAUAUGUUUUAGUCGAGGCAAUGCAUUUGCAAUAUAUCGAUGUAUUUUUGCCUCCUUAUUUGCAACUCUGCUCAUCCUGGAUUAUGUAUGGAUAAUUCUGCGUGAUCCGAAAUUUCCAGACUUUCUAUCCUGGUGUUUGGAUGCAUCUCAGUGGGCUUUAUUAGGCACAGCUGUAUGUUAUAUAAUACUGGCAUGUAAUGCGGUGUGCAUAUCUAGACGAAAUGGGGAACCAAACAACGAAACUACGAUUCCUUAUAAAUUUGUUUGGCUAUUAUAUACAUGCAGCGUGAAUUGCGUUUAUUCAACAAUGACACUGCAUUGGAUGUUUAGUGGUCAUCAAUCUUCCCUUGAACAAACAUUGAAACAUAGCAUACCUGGUUGUUUAAUAUUAAUGGAUUUAUUUUUAAACAGUAUCCCAUUAUAUAUAUGUCAUACAUUCUAUCCUGUAAUUGUACAUCUAAUCUAUUUGGCUGUUGCAACAUUAAGCCUAUAUUUGGCGUAUACAAUUGGUAAUCUGGAUAAAACUACACCGUUUCCUUCAAAUCCAACUGUAUUCAUUGGUGGACAUGCAUUGUUACCAAAUGGUUAUCAAGAUUUUUCAAAUAUACCACGUAUAUUUAUCGUUUUGUUAGGAGCUAUCUUUAUUGGUAUUAUGAUACAUUGUAUUCUAUUAACAUUAGUCAUCACUCGAGAUUUUCUUGCAAGUUUAUGUCAACAAAGUACUAGUGUAUGGUAUGAUUCUAAUGAUGAUGUAGCAUAUUUAAUGGAUAACAGUACAACUACACUAGAUCUGUUAAGUCGACAGUCAUCAUCAUCAACUGGUGUACACAAUUUAAAUGAAAAACUAAAAUGAUAUCAUCAAUUGGAAAUAGAAAUUUUAUGGAAAUUAAUUGAAUUUUGUAUAUUAAUCAACAAGGUUUACACUGCUAUUCAAUGCUCCUUUAUUAUUGCUUCUACUUAUCUAUGUUAGUGAAUUGAUAAUUUUAACCUGAUUAAACCUAUCCAUAAUACAUAUCACUCAUGGCGAGACUAUAAUUUAUGGACUAACCAAUCAGAUAUAUGAUAAAAUGUUUUGGAUUUUGUCACGAAAUUCAUUCAUCCAUUUGGUUAAAGAGCGUUUUUGACAUUUUAGCUGAUGUCAGUUCGUGAUGAAAAUUAUAAAUCUAAUUUCUAAUCCUUAAUCAUCAACAGUAAAUCUUAAUUCUAGUUCUUCACCAUAGUUAAUAAUCUUCAUUUGGUCCCAGUUAAUAUAUGAACAUUCUCAAAAUCACUUUAAUCUCGCUCAAAGGUUGUCCAUAAAUUAUAGUCUCACCUCACUCUUCUUAUCAAGUACAUUUUAUCAUUUGUAUUUAGGUUUUUAUUUAUUGUAAAAACCAAUAAAACAGAAUCAAAUCUCCAACAUGAAUUCAUUUUUAAUUAUCCUUUCAUUAUCUUUCUGAUUUGUUUUUUUUAAAAAUUAAGAACUAUUUGAACAUUGAACUAAAUAUUUAUCAAUGUGAUAUUUCUUCAUAUAUCGAAUUCAUUCAUUCAUUCAUUCAUUCAUUCAUUCAUCUCUAGUUGAUAAGAUUAUCUGAUUACAAUGAAACAUCAACUGAUACUAAUGUAUAGUUUUAUUUGUUAGAAAAAUAAAUUUGUUUAUAUUUUUUUUUUUUUGUUGAGAAAAUAACUAUCUACUUACAAAAUGAUUCAAUAUAAUAUGAUAUGGUAAACAGGAUUAAUGAUAUUUUAUGUUGAUUUACUCUUUUCAGUAAACAAUGAUACGUAUAUCAAUGAAUUAUUUUGCCACAUUUGUAUAUAUAUAUAUAUAUGUCUGUUGAUUCGUAUAGUAUUCUUGUUUUACAGUUUUAGCUAUUACAUAUCGGACUAUUUAUGUUAUGAAUUGAAAUUGAAUUGAGUAUAGUUUAGUAUUGCAGUUGUAUAAAUUUAUGGAAUUCGUGAUUAUUGUUAAUACUAUAGCUCAUUAAAACGAUAAAUGAUAUGC